GCCGCGGUCACUCUGAUCAAGUAGGAAAAAGGAAGAAGACGUUUACAAAUUGGAAUUGCCGAUUACGCGCCUAUUAUUAAUAAUUUUAGAGAUCUUGAGAAAUUUACAUAAUGUCCAACGAGGGGGCAGAUACAGCUGCUUUACCAACUCCCAGUAGCUCAAAGCUAACCAAUGCGCAGAAAGCGCGAAUCGAGAGAAACCAAGCAAAGGCACAAAAGUUGCGAGAAGCCAAGCUGGUGGCGCAUCCCUACAAGGAUCUGGGCAGCAACAAGAACGGCGUUCAUUCGGAGGCCAUGUUAGACAUGGGACAAACCGGCGUGAUCAAGGUGCAGGGCACAAAGUACAUUGACAGCGGCGGUGGCUUUCUCCUGGAGCAGCCUGUCUUGUCGUCCGCUUCGGGCGCAGUAGAGAAGCCAUCUGUCAGCGAUGGAAACGUUAUCGUAGACGACGCCAUUGCCAUUCCAGUGCAUUACGAGGAGUGCGCCGAAUGCGGUGACCAGUUUGCCGACUCUUACUUGUUUAACAACUUCGGGCAUCCCGUGUGCGACAAGUGUCGGGACAACGAAGAGCGCCACGCUCUCAUCACCCGUACAGAAGCCAAGGCUGAGUACUUGCUGAAGGACUGUGACUUCGACAAGCGCGAACCACCUCUGCGAUACAUCAGUCGCAAGAAUCCGCAUAACGUGCGCUGGGGAGAGAUGAAGCUGUAUUUGCACCUGCAGGUCCUCAAGCGCGCCUUGGAGGUGUGGGGCAGCGAAGAGGAGUUGGUGCGCCAGCAUGAAGGUCGCGAAGAGAAGCGCGAGGUGGGCAAGGCUCGCAAGUACAACAAGCAGAUGAAGCAGCUUCGCAUGGAGGUGCGCAGCAGCGUCUACACCAAGAAGACGCACGCCAUCCAUCAGCACGAGUUUGGUCCGGAUACCUACAACGAGGAGGAGGACACCUACACGCACACCUGCCUCACCUGUCCGUACAGCGAGACGUACGAGAAGAUGUAGGAGGAGUCCCUGGCAUCAUUGAAUUAAUCAUUGCAUAUUUCACCUUUUCAAGUAUUGUUUGGUUUAAAAACAUUUAAUCUGAAAUUAAUU